UUGAAACCGAGCGCAGUGACGAGAACCAGCGAGCCUGCGGACUUCCAACCGCCUGGAGAAGCCGACACUCGGACGAGUCGAGAAUAAAAGAUGGCAAUUUAGGACGUUUUUCUCUCGUGUUUUUCCACCGAGUCCACGACCAAGCGUUGAACACACCUGGGGAGGUUUGAUUCCCGUCGUUUUUCCAUUUUCGCACAGCUCUGGAUGCGUUUCCCCCCCUCACACCGGAGAAGUGAGAGUGGGCUGCUUGGAGUCACUUACAAAGACCAUCAAGAAGUCAUGACACGACAGAGGAUCUAUUUGGAUGAAACUGUUUGAAAUAAACCUGAAUUCGAUCGUGGCUGGAACCGCACGAGUUACUCGGAUUACCAGCAAGGCGCGAGGACGUUCAAUGUAGAUUUGCGACGGUUUUUUGGACCCUUUUUGAGUCGCCCUACUUGGAUCAAAGUUUUUCCUUCCUUCCCUCCCCCUCCUCCUCCUCAACUAUGGCGGCGGCCAGGUCCACCAGUGGCUCCGCGCUUGUGCGGAUCAUGUGGCUGCUGUGCGCCUUGUCCUUCGCACCAGCGUGUGCUCAACACUACAACAGCGAGAGCGGAAUAUCCAUCCCGGAGCAUGGAUUUUGCCAGCCCAUCUCCAUACCUCUGUGCACCGACAUCGCCUACAACCAGACCAUCAUGCCGAACCUCCUGGGCCACACCAACCAAGAAGACGCCGGGCUGGAGGUGCACCAGUUUUACCCGCUCGUGAAGGUCCAAUGCUCAGCCGAUUUAAAAUUCUUCCUGUGCUCCAUGUAUGCUCCCGUGUGCACGGUUCUGGAGCAAGCCAUCCCCCCUUGUCGCUCUCUGUGCGAGCGCGCACGUCAGGGUUGUGAAGCCCUCAUGAACAAAUUCGGUUUCCAGUGGCCCGAGAGACUUCGAUGCGAGGCGUUCCCGGUCCACGGUGCCGGCGAGAUCUGCGUGGGUCAGAACACGUCGGAGCCCAGCAGCCCGGGCUCCUCGUCUUCUCCGUACGCACCCGAGCUGGUGACCCUCCCCCCCAGCUUGGGCCGACCCAAGCCGCCGCCGCACAACCAGUACCCGGAGUUCUCCUGCCCGCUGCAGCUGGAUGUUCCGUCCUACUUGGGCUACAAAUUCAUGGGGGUCAAAGACUGCGGGGCACCCUGUGAACCCACCAAGCCCACCGGGAUCAUGUACUUCCGGGAGGAUGAGGUGAAAUUUGGACGGCUCUGGGUGGGCAUCUGGUCCAUCUUGUGCUGCGUGAGCACUCUGUUCACGGUGCUCACCUAUCUGGUGGACAUGAGGCGCUUCCGCUACCCCGAGCGGCCCAUCAUCUUCCUGUCCGGCUGUUACUUCAUGGUGGCCGUGGCCUACGCUGCGGGCUUCUUCCUGGAGGACAAAGUGGUGUGCGUGGAUAAAUUCAAAGAGGACGGCUACAGAACGGUGGCCCAGGGGACCAAGAAGGAGGGUUGCACCAUCCUCUUCAUGGUCUUGUACUUUUUUGGGAUGGCCAGCUCCAUCUGGUGGGUCAUCCUGUCGCUCACGUGGUUCCUUUCGGCCGGCAUGAAAUGGGGUCACGAGGCCAUCGAAGCCAACUCGCAAUACUUCCAUCUGGCCGCGUGGGCCGUGCCCGCCAUCAAGACCAUCACCAUCCUCGCCAUGGGCCAGGUGGACGGCGACGUGCUGACCGGCGUGUGUUUCGUGGGCAUCUUCAACGUGGACGCCCUCCGGGGCUUCGUCCUGGCCCCGCUUUUCGUCUACCUGUUCAUCGGCACCUCCUUCCUGCUGGCCGGCUUCGUGUCGCUCUUCCGGAUCCGCACCAUCAUGAAGCACGACGGCACCAAGACGGAGAAGCUGGAGAAGCUGAUGGUGCGCAUCGGCGUGUUCAGCGUGCUCUACACUGUCCCGGCCACCAUCGUCAUCGCCUGCUACUUCUACGAGCAGGCCUUCCGGGAGCACUGGGAGCGCACCUGGCACAUGCAGACGUGCAAGCGUUUCGCCGUGCCCUGCCCCGUGCACAACUUUGCCCCCAUGACGCCCGACUUCACCGUGUUCAUGAUCAAGUACCUGAUGACCAUGAUCGUCGGGAUCACUUCGGGCUUCUGGGUCUGGUCCGGCAAGACCUUGCAGUCGUGGAGAAGGUUCUACAAGCGCCUUAGCAACGGUACCCACGGGGAGACCACGGUGUGAAGUGUAGCAAGGUACAAAAAUAGAGAAAUGAGGUCUGAUAGCUUUCAAUUUUAUACCAUUUUGGUCAUAUUUUUCUAUUUGUGACAAGUUCGCAAAGCCCUCAGACAGAACUUUUCUCUUCUCUAUAUAUUCGAUAUUAAAUGGAAGAAUCUGCAGUUUUCUUUUAAACAAUCCCAGAACUCUUUUAAUGUUUUUUUUGUUUUUUUUGUACUUUUGGAUUUUAAACACAUAAGCUCGCUGUCAUUAAUACCGGACUUGAAGUUAUCCCUAGUUACUCACACUACAUCCUUAUUGUUUUUUUUUGCUUCCAUGUUGAAUGUAUGUCGCGUGUCCGCUCUCGUGGUGGCCAAACAUGAUCGAAUGAGGAAAAAAAAAAAAAAAAAAAAAAGUGCCAAGUGCAGCCAAAUGGUCCAAGGACUCUGAAUGCAUUCUGUAGGCUUCCCUGCAUUGGACAUUUUAAGUUACUCUGCUUGUAGAAAGAAAUGCUUUAAGUUGUAUGUUAGAUUUAAAAAGAAUUUAGCAGCAGCUGCUCACGUUGCUGCCAAAUGGCUACGCACAACUCUCAGUGAAAACGUUUGCCUUUUUUUCCUUUGUCUCUCGCAUUGAAUGUUCACUCCGAAAGAUGAAUGAAGUUACUCGUUUGUGUUAGUUUGCACAAGGUUUUGCAAAGUGUUAAACUGAAAAGUGACUGUUACACUUCAAAAGGCUUGUUCGGCGUCAUCUUGGUGACUCAAGCCCUGAUUUCUUUUGACCCUUGACCUCUGUUUAUCUGUUACUCAACUGGUCAGUUUGAGUCCUUCUCACCACUCUCGAGCUGUUUCUACAUUAUAAACCUCUUAACUAGUUGAUGUUUUUGUGUCCCGUUUCAUUAUGAACUCAUCGGUACCAUGAAAUGGGCGGAUUUCCCUUUUAAGAUGUUUGGAGACCACACACACACAAACAUGGGCCUCAGCUUCGUCUGUGUGUGUGGUCCCGACAUUGGUGGACCCCUGAUCAGAAAGACUGUAAUAGGUUUCUUCUGCGGGGGUGGAAAUGGUGCUUGAGAAAUUUUGAAUGUUUAUACUUGCUUAGAUAAAAACCAUUGUUCACACUUUAAGCCUGCCAUUUUUUAUUUUUGUUACAUUUAGACGUGUUGAAAUGGAUUUGUGUGUGGGGAGGGAGGAUUUUUUUUUCUUUAAAAAUUGUUCCACACCAGACUGAACUUUUCCAUAAAGAACGGCAUGUAUUUUAUGUUCCAUGAGUGUGUGCCACACGGAAGCCAUGUUUCUGUUCAUGUGUGCCUGAUUCUAAAUGACCGAAAAGCACAGACGAGCUAAAAAAAAAAAAAAAGGCUCACGGGGGGUUUUUGAGUGUUGACUAGUUGUCGACUAGUAUGCGCGUACUUCUAUUUGCAUGACCUCGAAAUGUUUACCAGUUCAUAAUGUUUUACUAAUGGACAAGAACCAAGUGUCUUAUAAAUCAACGCGUGUUUUACAGGCGAGUACUGCUCAAACAUGUAAUCAGAGUAGUUUUUAAAAAAUAAUAUUGUAUAUUGGGGACAGUAGACUUUCAGGUAUGCAUUGAAAAUAAUUCAAUCCUGACUACCAGCCUUUUGGACCACAACUUCAAACAACAAGUCAGUGGAGGAACAAUCUGGUCGGUGCACCAUCAUUUUUUUGGGGGAGGGCGGAGGUCAUGUUGCACAUUUUUCUACAUGUAAAUAACGCAAAGAUAGAGUUUAACAUGGAAGUUGAAUGACUCACAACUAUAUUGCCAACACACUAGAAUGCAUACAAGUAGAACACAAUGUACAUUCUCAUUUUGAUAGCAACAUCUUAGUUCAUGUUAAAGAAAUCCCCAUGUGAAUGUGUAAGGAGGCUGCGUGAGUGACGCAAUGUUGUUUUUGUAUCAUUUCAGAUUUAUGCAUGUGUGUGUGCGCGUGCGUGUGACAUUGGAACGUUAUGCAAAUUAGUCAUUGCACACGCCCAACUUCGUGUAUUGUAUUUAUGGGGGUGCUCAUCUCUUUUUCUUUUUCCUCACUUUUUUUUUUACUUGUUCUCAAAGUCUGUUGUGUCUGUACAGUCUGAAUAAAAGUGAUAAGGUUUGUAA